GCGUGUCGGUGAGGUCCGGCUUUCUGGGGUGAAGCCAGUGGCCACCCUACUUGUGACAGGCACCUGCUGCAUCCAAUCAGAUGCUUUCAGUUCAGGGGGAAUAGUCCCGCCUGCAGCAGAAGUAGCACUUCACUUCAGUGGUUCGAGGAGGACGGAGCACAGCAAUAAGACAAUGAGUGGAUACGUUAUAACCUAUUUCCCACUAAGGGGUAGAGCCGAGCCCAUACGUCUGCUCCUUGGUGAUCAAGGAGCUUCAUGGACAGAGGAUGAGGUGCCAUUGGCAGACUGGUUUUCAGGAAAAAUUGACCUUAAGAAACAGGCGGUUUUUGGUCAGCUGCCACAGUUUAAAGAUGGAGAUUUUGUUCUGUAUCAGAGCAAUAGCAUUCUGAGAUAUCUUGGACGUAAAUAUGGUAUUUCUGGGAGCAGUAAUGAAGAGAGUGCACUCAUUGACAUGGUGAAUGAUGGUGUGGAGGACCUAAGACUGAAGUUCAGCAUUAUGUUCUUCUAUGAGUUUGAGACUGGUAAAGAGAAGUAUGAAAAUGAGCUUCCCAACCAAGUGGCAGCAUUCGAGAGGAUUCUUUCCCGGAAUUCUAAUGGAACCAAAUAUCUGGUUGGAGAUAAGAUCUCCUAUGCGGAUUACAACUUCCUGGACCUCCUGCAGUCACACCUUGAAGUAUUCCCUUCAUGCUUUUCAUCAUAUCCCCUCAUUAAUGCAUAUAUUGAUCGCAUCACUGCCCGUCCUAAACUAAGCGAAUACCUGAAAUCUGACGCUCGAAACAACCGACCUAGUAAAUAAGGA